CUUGAUUCGAAAUUUCAUAUAUGGUCUUGAGGUGGGUUUCGAUGAUGUAGAUCUAGUUUGGGAGGGGACAAAUAUUUUCUGAACUUGGGGUUCAGUGUGCGCAGAACCUGUAACACACAAAUCUUUUUAGCUCUCAGAAACGGACAGAUCUCAUACAACCACUGCUGCAAAGAAAUGAUGAAGUGGAGUAUUGUUUUGGGGGUUUUCUUGCUAUGUUUUCUUGCAAAUAAUCUAAGCGGUGCCAGAUUCAUUCCUGAAGGGGUGCCCUAUGAACAGCCCCCGGCUGUGCCCUACUGGCCUUACUCCACCUCAGAUUUCUGGAACUAUGUGGAAUACUUCCGCAACAUUGGGGCCUACAACCAGAUCAAUGAAAUGGCCAGAACAUUCUUUGCGCAUCAGCAUCUUGGAGACACGCUGGGUUAUGAAGUGGCAGAGCAACAUGGACACUAAAUUGAUGUUACGAGUUCAUCACUAAUAGUUUAGUUUGUGACUAAUGAUAGUUAACUAAAUAUAACUAAACACAAUUUAUAGCCCUGUAAUAACGAGUGAUGUGUUAUAUCCUUAAAUGUAUAAAAAAGCAUACAGGAAUAAGUUAAUGUUUCAUUGUAUUGUGAUUAACAGCUUCAGAGUACAUGAUUGUGAUGUAUUAUACGACUAAUGCAGUUACAAAUAUGCGAAAUGUAAGAAAUAAAACAAUAAAGUGUCAUACUGAUGCACAUCAAUUAUUUUAAUACCAUCACUGCAAAAAACCGUGAGGAGCAGUUCUCCAACCGAGCCAGUGGGACCCGUUUUCCACCCGGUUACAUGUUGACGUAACACCACUAGUGGAUGCGAAGCCUAAGCGAAUCGAUUCUUUCGAACAGUUCAUCGUAAAGAACCGGGUUGUACCUGCUUACGACGUCACGUGGACCUGGCGACUGGCUCAUGCUUUAAACAUUUAAAUAAACCCAUAUGGCAGUUUAAUACUGCUUUAUUAUUAUUUUUAUUAUGCUCUUCAUUUUCGACUCGGUAAUUAUUAAUUAAUUAACAGAGUGGUUUUCGUGUAGUUGCACCCAUGAUUCAGCUUAUUUUAAAAUGUAUUCAAGUCUUUUCAGAAACACAGCUUGCAUUCAUGCACUCUUUGGAUGGACACGUGUUGGAAGUACGAUUUAUUUGUUUUUUUCUGCCGUUCGGAUAUUAAACAAAUAUAACUUUUCGCCCUGUCUGUCAAGUAUUCGGUUCGACCGGGUUCGACGGGGAGACGGGGAGUCGCGCAUUCAAAAAGAUCCGACUCAAAAGAACAGUUCAUUCAAGAGUGAAUCUAAGCACAACCGGAAACAGAGGGGAAGCGCUGAAGUGUUUGUUUUGGUGAAUGUGACAGUGAACUGAAAAUACACAAUUUAAACUUUUGUUUAUCGCUGAUUUUAAGUGCUCGCUCUGAAGUUAUGAAGCCAGCAGUUGAUGAAAUGUUUCCCGAGGGAGCCGGUCCGUACGUGGACCUGGAUGAGGCAGGCGGCAGCACUGGCCUGCUGAUGGAUCUGGCCGCCAAUGAGAAGGCAGUACAUUCAGACUUUUUCAAUGAUUUUGAAGAUCUGUUCGAUGACGAUGAUAUUCAGUGACGAAGAGGACGAAUAGGAUGGAUUUCUCGAUUGUAUAAAAUGUUGUACAUUUAAGUGUUUUUUUUCUGUCUUCACUUUAAGAGUGAUGUUGCAUUGUUAACGCUGUUCAAUAAUAAACUUUUGUGCAAUACAAUGUC